UGAUUGAUUCAUUUCAUCCCGCAAAUCCCUUUUCCUUUUUUCAAAAUAAAAAUUUUAUUAGCCAUUUAAUUUCCCAUUCAUUCUCGAUUUUCUUCAAUUUCCUCUCCUUUCCUCCUCCUUCCUUCUUUGACCGUUCAUUGCGCGGGGAUUAGCCCCCUUUCCUCCUUCCCCCCCCCCUUCUCCUAGUCGGGUUUCUUCAAAAAGUAAUGAUGCGCGACAAAUGGUGGACAUAAAAACCAAUAUAGUAUAUUUAGAGAAUGAUUAUUAUUUGGCAACAAAUAGCGAAAAAUGAAGGAAACCUUCUCCUUUUUCAUUCAGCGGAUGCGCAAACACAGAUUUUUUGUUGGGGAUUGGGAAAAUAGGGGGAGGGAGCUAAAAGAGCUUCAAAUCUGUUUUAAUUAUUUGCACGCUAAUCAAUUAAUUUUUUCUCUCGAUUCGAGAGGGUUCUUGGCUUAUUUUGUACUUACUGUAAUUUUUAUAAUUAUUAUCAUGAGAUUGGUAUUAACGCGGGUUGCCGAUUUCGAGUCGGGCUGA